UAGGACCAAAGAAAUCCCAAGAGGCAACGCCUACCUGUUCCUUCCUUCCUUCCAAAAGCAGAGAACAGAAGGAAAUGCAUUUACCUCCAACUCCCCUCUGAGCUCUGAGCACCGGCCACUGUGAGCUGAAGAAUUUUGAUUUUCCACAAUGUCUUUAGCUUCCCAUUAUCUGUAUUCUUCUUGUUCUUCCCACCCACUUCCCAAAAUUCGCCCUCCUAACAAUUCCUCUUCUUCCUUCACUCUGUACUCCCAAUCCCAUCCAAAACUCUUCCCCUUUCAUGUCUCUUUCUCCACCUCCUUUUCCCUUAAACCCUCACCUUUCAUCCUCAGAGCAUCCGAUACAGAAUCCAAAAGCGACACUGGACUCGGUGAUUCAGAUGAUGCUGACCAACCUCAACCUUAUGAAGAGUAUGAAGUGGAGCUGCAGCAACCUUACGGUUUGAAAUUCGCCAAGGGCCGAGAUGGUGGAACUUAUAUCGACGCCAUUGCACCUGGUGGUUUUGCCGAUAAGACUGGAUUGUUCACCGUUGGGGAUAAAGUUAUUGCUACCAGUGCAGUAUUUGGGACAGAAAUAUGGCCUGCUGCUGAAUACGGAAGGACAAUGUACACAAUUCGGCAAAGAAUUGGUCCGUUACUCAUGAAAAUGCAGAAGAAAUAUGGAAAAACAGAUAGUUUCGGUGAGUUGACGGAAAAGGAGAUAAUCAGAGCAGAAAGAAACUCGGGUGUAGUCAGUAAUAAAGUGAGAGAAAUUCAAUUGCAAAACGCCUUGAGGUUGAAGGAGCAGAAAGCACGCAGAGAAAAUGACCUACGCCAAGGACUGCGUCUCUAUAAGAAUGCUAAAUAUGAGGAAGCAUUGGAGAAAUUCGAAUCAGUGUUGGGAUCAAAACCAACUCCAGACGAAGCUUCGGUUGCCAGUUACAAUGUUGCAUGCUGUUAUUCCCAACUAAAUCAGUUAAAAGCUGGGCUAUCGGCACUGGAAGACGCCUUGGAAGCAGGAUUCGAAGACUUUAAGAGAGUUCGGACGGAUCCUGAUCUAUCAAACCUAAGAACAUUGGAGGAAUUUGAGCCUCUUGUGAAAAGGUUUGACGAAUCGUUUAUCAAUGAGAAUGCCAUCAAUGCCAUCAAGUCGCUAUUCGGCUUCAAAAAAUGA